UGUACCAACACCUUUAAUCGGCGGCUCUGACUCUAAGAAAAUGUGGUGUUUUAACACACGAGACUGCUUCCGGUUUGAAAAGAGCGCGAGGACUCGCUAUCUCCUGUCCGUGUGGUUAAUGUGAGAGAUAAUCACUACAGUAAAAUACGCCAUCAAAGUAUUGCGCGCAUGCGCAGUGUGCUCAAAACUCCAGGCAGGCAGGUGAUCAAACAGGUGUAUCCCGGAAACUAUACAAAGAAAUCAACAAAAUCCCAGCUACGAUGUCUCAGGACAACCUGCAGCAGGAGUUUCAGAACCAGGUCAAUGAUGUUUUUAGCCGGCUGCAGAACAAGGAGAUGUUUCAGUCGGACUGGGACAUCGCCUCCUUCGCCAUUUUCUUCAUCUUCAUCGGCAUGGUUGUGCUGCUCAUCAUCCUGGUUCUGAUCCGCUGCUGUUGCUGUUGCUGCUUCUGCGACGAAAAGCCCAAAAGACAUAAAAUAGGCAUCGACAACAUGGCACUGGAGCCCUAAAGCUCAAGAUGAGAGUCCGGCCUGUUAGCACUUCUUUUCAAAACACUUUCUAAUGUUUUUACUGCUGUAUUUGCCACAUUAAUGCUAACGAGUAUAUUGUGUAAGAGAAUGUAGAAGAUGAGGAACUUAUCGGGGGUUUUAAAAAGUUGACAGUGACGCUGUAAUAAUUACUGUAGCUGAAUUUAACUUAUUGUUUUGAGGCUUUGUUAAAAAAAAAAAAGAAGUAAUUCUUCACUUUCGAAUGUAAUUGCACUCUGCUUCCUGCUGCUGUUACGACAUGCUUAUGAUUCUCUGUAAAAGAAUAAAAGUACAAUAUAGUUUACUGUA